AUGGCUGCUCUUCAACUGCACACGACAAACCAGGACAGCCCAUCGCUCUCUGGCAUACAGACUUUCCCCGAAGAGUUUGGAUCCGACAGUGGGGAUGAAGCUUUAUUCUGCGAUGCAGACCUGGAGCUGAACCCCUUUGAUGGACUGCCUUAUUCUUCCCGCUAUUACAAACUGCUGCAAGAAAGGAAACAGCUCCCGGUGUGGGAAGCUAAGGGCGCCUUCAUGGCGAGUUUAGUGAGCAAUCACUUCAUCAUCCUAUCUGGAAACGCCAGGAUCGGGAAGAGCAGCCAGAUCCCGCAGUGGUGUGCAGAACAUUGUCUUGCUUCCAAGUAUCAGCAUGGGGUUGUAGUGUGCACACAGACGCAUAAGCAGACAGCUGUCGGCCUUGCUCUCCGCGUGGCAGAUGAAAUGGAUGUCAACAUAGGGCAUGAAGUGGGCUACAUAAUUCCAUUUGAAAACUGCUGCAUCAAUGAAACUAUCCUGAGGUACAGCACGGAUGAUAUGCUACUGCAAGAAAUGAUGUCAGACCCUCUACUGGAACACUAUGGAGUUAUCAUUAUAGACGAAACUCACAAAAGAACUGUUUCUACGGAUGUGCUAUUAGGUCUUCUGAAAGACAUUGUGAGACAAAGGCCAGAACUAAAAGUCGUAAUAAUAAUUUCCCCUCAUAUGUCCAACAAGCUGCAUAGCCAUUAUGGUGAUGUUCCUCUAAUACAAGUGGAAAACAAAGAGCCCAUUAGGUGUCCUGUCGAAGUUGUUUACAGUUGUGUGCCUCAAGAAAACUAUUUCCUACCUGCACUUAGGUUGCUGUUUGAGAUACAUCAUACAAGGGAGAAGGGAGAUGUUGCAAUUUUUCUAUCUUGUAAAAAGGAAAUUGAUGAAGCCUACAGUGUUAUCAGACGAGAAGGUUCUAAAUUGCACCCAAUGCUGGGAGAACUAGUGCCAAUUCCUUUUUACCCUGAACAGAGUCGGUAUGUUGACAGACAAAGUGACAUGUUGGAGAAGAACUCCAAACGGUACAAAAGGAGAGUGAUGUUGACCACAAGUAUGGGAGAGUCCUUACUUUGCAUUAAGAAUGUGAAGUUUGUCAUCGAUGUGGGCAUGGAGAGAAGAAAUGUUUACAAUCCAAGAAUACGAGCAGAUUCUUUAGUGAUGCGACCAAUCAGCAAAAUCCAGGCUGAGAUGCGUGCACAGAUCAUGGGCAUAGCUAAAUUGGGCAAAUGUUUCCGAUUAUAUACUGAGGAAUUUCUGAAGAAAGAGAUGACAGAGCUUUCACCAGCUUGUGUACUAGAAUCCAACCUUACUCGCAUGGUUUUAUUCCUGAAAAGAAUGGAUAUAGCAGACAUGGGCCAAUGUGACUUCAUUGAUAAGCCAGCCCCUGAAGCCCUAAUGCAGGCAUUAGAAGACCUAGAUUACCUUGCAGCCCUGGACGAUGAUGGAAAUCUGUCAGAAAUUGGAAUCAUUAUGUCAGAAUUUCCACUGGAUCCCCAAAUGGCAAAAGCUCUUGUUGCAUCCUGUGAAUUUGACUGUAUGCAUGAAAUGUUAACAAUAGCUGCCAUGGUAACAGCUCCCUUUUGUUUCUUGGAUCCGUCUCCUGGUUCAGAGGAAGUUGCAAGCAGCUGUCGGAGGAAAUUCAUGCAUCCAGAGGGUGAUCACUUUGCCCUCAUAAAUGUUUACAGUGCAUUCAAGCAGAACCAGCUGACCUCAUCAAAUCAAUAUGAGAAGUGGUGCCAUGACAAUUUUUUGAAUUGUUCGGCUCUGAGGACAGCAGAUUCCAUCCGAGCUGAUCUACUGGACAUUAUGCAGCGCAUUGAGCUACCCAUUUCAAAACCUGCUUUUGGCACACACAAGAAUUCAUUAAAUGUGAAAAGAGCUUUGUUGUCUGGUUAUUUCAUGCAGACUGCCCGAGAUGUUGAUGGAUUAGGAAACUACGUCAUGCUGACACACAAACAUGUAGCACAACUGCAUCCUUUUUCAAGCUACUGUUCCACAAAAUUAAAACCAGAAUGGGUUUUGUUCCAUGAAUUUACAAUAUCUGAGAACAACUGCAUCAGGAUUGUUUCAGAUGUGUCACCUGAAAUGUUUGUACAGCUGGCUCCUCAAUAUUACUUCAGUAACCUACCCCCCAGUGAGAGCAAGGAACUCCUGCAGGAAAUCAUUGAUCACUUCUCAAAACUGCCAACAGAUGGAGAGGAGCAGCAUGUAUCCAGCAAAGAAAACAAGAAACCAGAAGAAGAUAUUAGCCACCAGAAUGAAGACAGAUGUACCAUUCAAUGAUGGGCUAACUUGCACAAUUUCAAGACUGGGCAAACAUAAUUCAAAAGACAAUAUGGGCCAAAAAGCUUAUCAUGUUUACACGUUGUGGUGUAAAGUCACAAAGCUUCUCCAGGGAUUU